AGCUCCCUGCAAGCGGGGGCUGUGCUAGGAUGUGUGGGUGGGCCGUUCUUCACACAGCUGGUGGGGGUGAGGAACAGUGGAAUGAGGGGCUGAGUAGGGCAUGGGAUGGGCCGUGACGUCUCAACCCUCAGUGACCUCAUAAAGGCUGCUGGAAACCAGGUUCCGGUGGACUGAGGUGCAGUGCCAAGGCCAGGGCUAGAGGAGGCCAGGGGACCAUGGAGGGUGAGCACUCCAGGGCUCAGGCAGCAGAGGGCAGAAAAUCAAGAGACCUCGGUCGGCACAGAGAAUGUACAGGCCUGUGCAGAAUCCUCAAAGACUGCUCACACAAGACCCAGGAGCAGAGCAGACCAGCAGGACACAGAAGAGAAGGCUGCAGUGGGGCACUGCCCUGCUGACCCAGAUGGAGCCAGCAGCAGCCAUGGCCACGGGGGCUAAGCAGGCCCCCUGGAGGGCCAGAGAGUUCAAGGGCCUUGCGGCUACCCAUUCAGUACAGUCAGGCCCAGGCACCAGGUCUCCGAGCUUUGCAGUCGAGGACCUGCUACUCCUGACACCCCAGCAGCUAGCAGCCUUCCAGGAUAUCUUCAAACUGUUCAGCUCCAGCCCGACAGGCGCUAUAGACAUGCGCAGCAUGAAAGCUGCCCUGCACAACGUGGGUAUCCAGCUGAGCCCACAGGAGAUGUGUGAGGCUCUGCGGCAGGCAGACUUGGAUCGUGAUGGAACUGUAAACUUCAAAGACUUCCUGGGUGUCCUCACCGACAGCCAUCGCCUUGCUCAGUGCUUGGGCCAGGUGAGGAACAGCCGGGUCUGUGACCCCCAGGGCCUGCAGACCUUGUUCUUAGAGAUACUGUUCAAGCUCAUGAGCCAGGGCUUCGUGCCCUCCAAGUCGGCGCAGGAGGUGAUGAGCUACUACUCCACGAAGCAGCGGGCUCUGCGGCUGAACUCAGGCUGGAACGGCCGCUCCCGCGGCCACGGCCGCACCGCGCGCGCUCACGCGGACCUCACCUUCUUCUGCCAGGCCACGCGCCUCAGCGGCCUCUCCAACGCCGAGCUGGCGCGCUCGCUGCUCAGCUUGCACAAAGCGGGGACGCACGGCCCCUACUCUCAGAUACCGAACCUGGCCCGGCGGAUGCGGCCAGAACGCAAGACGCGGAACUGUGCCCCGCGCCCCCUCGUCCGACUUCCCAAGUGCUACCAGCCCAGCCGCCCCAAGCUGGGGCCCACCCCGCGGCCGCCCAGCCAAGGCUUCGUGGGCCAGCCACUAGAGUCUGUGGGACCCACGAAGCUGGCUCCCUCCCCCCCAACUCUAGUGCAGAAGCAGCCCUUCUCCCCUUCGCCAGCCUCUUUGCAGAGACCUGCUAUGAAGAACUUAUACAAGUAAAGCGUUUGCUGGACGAAACAGGCUGCGCGAGGUGGGGGCGGGCACGGGGCGGGCACAGAGCGGACGCAGAUCUUUUGCAAACGUCUUUAUUAAUCUUGUAUAAAAAUAAGGUCCAUGGAGAGUCCCUGGAACUUGGGGUCGGGGGUCACGAGGUUGCACUUUAUAAGUUACAGGCCAGGCUCUCGCUGAGGCUAAGUAUGGCUAUUGGGGGGAAAAGGGUGCUGCAAGCAGCAUGUAGGGGGAGGGGCCGGCGAUGCUGCCCCCUGUGGCAAGAUGAGAGUGCGCCGGCCCAUUUGAGGUGGGCCCACGGCUGGGGACAGCGGCGGAGGAGGCUGCCCGGCCCAGCCGAGCUGAGGACCGCCUUCCUUGAGCCCCGGCCUGCCCCUGCCCCCAGUCCCCUCCCAACCCGCAGAGUCCAUCUUCGGAAAUAGCGGCUA